AUGGCCCAACCACCAGCAGUUGAUGGUCAAGCUCCAUCACCACCAGCUCCAGCACCAUCUCCUUAUUACGCACAGCCAGUAGAUCCUCAACAACCGCCGGCAAAUAAUUAUAAUCAGCCUCCACCGCCACCGCCACCUGCAUAA